AUGGCGCAGACAUUGGGCUUCGAUGGCUCCAUGAUGAAUGGAUUGAACAUCUUGCCUUCCUACACAGAUUACUUCACCCUCACCACAGCAACGUUGGCACUCAACACUGCGUCCGUCUGGAUGGGCAGCGUUCUUUCCGUCUUCUAUGCCAGAGUGCCUGACACGAUUGGAAGAAAAUGGGCUUUGUUCUUCGGCGCCCUCCUUACCAUCAUUGGGGUUAUUAUCCAGACGGCCGCACAAAACAUUGCCAUGUUCGUCAUCGCCAGAAUCAUCAUUGGCUUCGGAACAGGUGCUUCAUCCAUUGCUGGUCCUGUUUAUCUGGCCGAGACGCUUCCUGUCCGUUAUCGCGCUUGGGGUUUGGGCAUCUUUUACGACUUUUGGUAUGUUGGUGGUCUCAUUGCUGCCGGCGUCACUUACGGCACCGCCAAAAUGGACUCGACAUGGGCGUGGCGGACUCCAUCCCUUCUUCAGUGCCUGUUCAGCUUCAUGUGCAUUGCAAUCCUGCCUUUCGUGCCCGAGAGUCCUCGAUGGCUCGUGUCUCAAGGCCGCAACGAUGAGGCUCUGAUUGCGCUCGCGAAGACCCAUUCCAAUGGCAAUAUCGACGAUGCCGUCGUUCUCCUCCAACACCGUGAAGUCACAGACACUCUCAGAUUCGAGAAGACGUACGAAUCGCCUUCGUUCAUAAAGCAGCUCACCAACAGUGCCUCCACCCGCAAGAGAGUCUUCCUCGUCAGCACUGUUGCCAUCUUCUGCAUGUUGUCCGGAAACAACAUUGUCUCCUACUAUCUCGGUACCAUGCUUGAACAGGCCGGCGUGACAGACUCGACAACACAACUCGAAAUCAACAUCAUCCUCAACGCCUGGUGUCUUGUUAUCUCGAUCAUCGGUACAAUGAUGUCUGACAAGCUUGGUCGCAAGACACUGGCAGCUAUCUCAACUGCCGCGUUGACCGUGUUCCUCUUCAUCGUGGGCGCCAUGACCAAGGUCUACGGUAACUCGACUUCGCACGCGGGCGUUUACGGUACCGUGGCAUCGAUCUUCCUGUUCCAAGGAGCUUACAGCUUUGGCUGGACGCCUUUGACCGUUCUUUACCCACCAGAGGUCCUCAACUACAGUAUUCGGUCGGUCGGUAUGGCUUGGUACACGUUCCUGGUCAACGGUGUUGGGUUGAUGGUGACAUUCGCCUUCCCAUUCGCCCUGGAUGCCAUUGGUUGGAAGACAUACAUGAUCAACGGUGCAUGGGACGUGCUCGAGUUGGUGGUCGUGUUGAUCACCUGGGUCGAAACCCGAGGCAGGACGCUUGAGGAGAUUGAUGAGAACCUUGACGGUGUGGUACACAGCGAUGUGCCCAAGUUGCAGACCAUCUUGGGUGUGCCGGAGGCGGAGCGGGAGGGGAUUGUCAACGCCUUGGAGAUGUCGACAAAGGAGGUCGAGGCGCGCGGAACAGUCACUGAGGUGGCAAGGGAAUAG